GCAGGUGCCGGCGGGUGCAGAGGUGCUUUUGGCCCGGCUGUGUGGGCUGAGGUUGAAACUACAAUACUUGGUCUUAAACCUGCAGCAAUGGGUAGAACUUACUUCGUUGAGGAAGCUGUUGGGCAGUAUCUUUCAGACCUCAGCACAAAAUUAAAGCCUUAUGUCACUGGCCUCUUAAUAGGGCAGUGUUCCCUGCAAAGAGACUACAUAAUUCGGGCUGUUCGAACGCCUCCAAAGGAAGAGCAGAAGGAAGACAACAUCAGUCCUUCAAAACUGGCAUCCAUUGAUGACGAAUGGAUAACUACACACGCCAGUCAGGUUUCUAGAAUGCUUCCUGGAGGCUUAUUGGUUCUUGGGGUAUUUAUUAUUGCGACUCCAGAACUGUCAAAAGAUAGUCAAAAUGCUUUGCGCAAGCUAAUCUUCUCAGUGGAAAAGUCCUUGACUAAAAGAAGGCUCUGGAAGCCUGCUGAGGAGGAGGUCUCGGACAGAGCAGCUCUUCAAAUGUGUUCUGCUACAAAAAAAGUAGUUUGCCGAACCUAUGAUGUACAAGAUCCAAAGAGUUCGGCUAAACCAGCAGAUUGGAAAUACCAGAGCGCUCUGUCUGCUUCCUGGUUAGCUUUGGACUGCACAGUAAAUGUUAAUAUUCACAUUCCGCUUCUUGCUACUUCACCGAACCAUGACUUGGAGAAGAAUACCAAGAAUGGGUUAAAUCGAUGGUCGAAACAGAUAGAAGACAGUGUUUUUCUCAUCAAUGGACACGUUAAAGAUGAUGAUACAGAACUACUGGAAGGGCAGAAAAAGUUAAGAGGAAAUACUCAGUCCAGCACUCAGUUUUCUGAUGUCAAGGUUCUGGCACAGCUGUCCCAGGGUUCAAGUCAUAGAUCAACAGCUACAGUCCAGGUCUGCAGUGGGUCCAUAAAUCUCAAAGGUGCUGUGAAAUGCAGAGCCUACGUACAUAACAACAAGCCAAAAGUUAAAGAAGCUAUUCAGGCUUUGAAAAGAGACAUAAUAAACACAUUGAGUGAUCGCUGUGAAAUACUAUUUGAAGAUCUCAUUAUAAAUGAAGGACCUCACAAAAAAAAUUUUGAGAGGGAAUAUCAUGUCUUACCUCAAAGACUCUUUGUCCCUGUUGCUGGAUCCAGUGUGAUGCUCAGUGAUUAUAAGUUUGGUGAUGAGGCCACUGGAGAAAUUCAGGAACGGUUUGUUGAGAUGUUGGAUCAAUCUGUGGAAGCUGAAGAUAUCCAUGUAGCAGAGGAAAUUAACACAGUUGAUAUUUGUCCAGUUACUGACAACAUGGAUGACACACAACAGAAACAACUGACAAAAGCAACAUUGCUGUUGAAACUUCAACAAAAUAUGGGUGUGGUAAUAGCAGCUGCUGUCGCAGUCUUUGCAUCGAUCUUCUCUUUCAAUUACUUCAGUGAUUAAACUCAAGCAACCGGAGCUUCAUGGAAGUAUUGGCCAGUUACAAGAUGGAAACAUCUGGGUUUAAUAUAUUAGUAAUUAAGAAUUGUUGCCUAAAUAUCACCAGUUAGAUGUGCAAUAUAAAUUGUAAUGAUAGGUUCAGUUACCUUGUUCCAGCAUGCACUUACUAUGUCAAGUAGAAUCAUGGGGUUACAGUAUCAAGUAGAAGGUGAAUCAAGUUUACAAGAAACUAACCCUGUUGCUCUGUAUAAAUGAACGGUAGUACUAUUUUUUAGAAAGAUCCCUUAAACAAAUGUAGAACUUCUUCCUACUUGCUGUUUUAACGCAAAAUGCUACUACUGGUGUUUUUCAGGCUAUCAGUAAGCUAGCAUAGUUACCUGGUAUGACAAUUCUUGCUUUAAGGGUUCCUUUGCUAAGAGAAAUCUCAUCUUAUUAAAGUUAAUUGGGGAAAAAUUAGAUUUAAUGAAGCCAGCAUUUCACCAUAUGCAUUAUUUUAGAUAAUAUUGGUUAACUAGCAUAAUAGGUAUACAAGUAGUUUCUAGUAGUUUCAAGACUAGACCAAUUCAGCCUGUAAAUACCUUAGUUCAAGACCUGGAGAAUUCAGAAAUCAAUAAAAUGCAUAGGACUUUUGAGAUGUGUAUAUGCCGCCUUCUACUCAGUGACUCUUGAUGAGGAUUUCUCUGUCCAGCUCUGAUUCAAUCAUCGUUCUCUUGGAAUAUUAACUAUUUCAGCAACAGCUACAUCUAGGUGGCCCUUGCGGAUUAACUUGUAGAUACAUGCAAGUCGUCAAAAUUGUUUGCUAAUCAGGAUUUUUAGACUAUAAACAGAUAGCUUUCCAUUAUGAGAUAUUCUCCUGGGUAUGUUAGGCGAUAACAUUAUUGUUUACUUGCCAUGAGGAGAGCGGAAGGAGGGAAGAAUUCUAGUAAGGUUAAUAAAGAUAAUUUGUAUAUGAAAUGUGAUGUUUACUUGGAUCUGGACUACAAUAGAAAAGAAUUCCAGAUUCUAGGGCAUUUUAAUAUCACUGCAAAUUUCUUUUUUGUAUAAAGGCACUGGAACACUAAGAAAAAAUAUGAACACUUUGGUUCUGAAGCAUAAUCAAGGAUGUACUGGGAUACUGUUAAUAAAAGGCAACUAUG